AUGCGUACCCCACGGAUCCUUAUCCUCAUCCUCUUCUUCGUCGCGUGCCUCUUCCUCUUCUGUCGGUCGAUCACUUCCAUCGCACAGCGACCGAAACCUGCGCUAUCCGCCAACAUGUCGGGCAUGCCAACGAACUCUGUAUCAAGCUUUUUUUCAUUCAACUCAGGCUUUUCACUUUUCAGUCCGAAUGCUGUCAUCAGUUUGACCGAUGAUAACAGUACGUUGUUUCCGGCACAGCCCGCCGCAUUUGGGCCCCUGUUGCCCCACCACGGCCUCAGUGGCCGCUUGUGGAUCGGGAGCGCAUUCCUUGACGACGACGACUUUGGUGACGAGUACGAAGACACCAUCGGCGGAACCGAGCUCGGCUGCAGUGAUAUACCUGGAUGGCAUUUUACGAGACCUGGCGCAGACCUCACAAAUCCCGACGUGGGCGCAACGAGGAGCCUUGAUGACCUCGACGAUGCCGAUGAGCACCUGUUGCAGCCGUUCGCCGGGUCCAGGUCACGCAUUGACGCUCGUGCGGCAAACGCAGCCCACGCCCGUGUCUACCCGCCUCGCCAAUCCGCCGACAUCUCUGGAAGCAUCGUACUACUCAGUCGCGGCGGUUGUGGUUUUCUGGAGAAGGUCAUGUGGGCACAACGAAGGGGUGCCUCCGCUCUCAUUGUGGGAGAUAGCCAAAAAGGAGGGCCCCUCAUCCAAAUGUUUGCGAGGGGAGACACCUCAAACGUGACUAUUCCCUCGGUUUUCACAGCACGAACCACUGCACGGAUUCUGUCUUCCCUCGCCCAUGUGGGGAGCUUAGUUAUUGGAGAUGGCGAGGAUGAGGAAGCUUAUCCGUUUAGGGUUCCUCAGUCCACAGAUAAAAGGCGCCUGCACUCCAGCAAGGUCGCGAGCACUCACAAGUUCCGACCGCGACACCUCAAGAGUGACCUUACUAGGGGAGGUUCGUUCUCCCCUGCCGGGACGCACUGGUUACGCAGACUUUUCGGCUGGGAUGACGAGCAGACCGAAGCUGUGGAUACAUCCUACUCUGAGCCCCUCGCAUCAGCUGCCGAACAAUACGACGAUAGCCAACAUCAAAGCGAAAAGGACAACAUGGUCUCGGUGUUGUUCGGUGGAACCGACGGCAAGUUGGCACACACGGCCACCGGCGACAUGCCGAUGCCGAAACUACAUGCUCCAGAGGCGGGCAGCUUGCAGGCACACGAUGGUCUGUGGGUCACAAUCACGCCGUCGGAUAACGGGACGCCUUUCUUUGACACACUCUUGGUUCUGGUCAUCAGCCCGCUUGUCACAUUGACCUUUGUUUACGCGGUCCUCAUUUUGCGAGCCCGCCUUCGCCGCCGAAGAUGGAGGGCUCCCAAGUCCGUCGUUGAGCAGCUUCCCGUGCGAACGUAUCAUACGGUCGCUCCCUCGCCCAUCCACACACCCAGGUCCCCCUCGCCAGUAUCAUCUUGCCCAACGACACCCCUACUGCAGCAGGUUCCUGACAGACCUACCAUCCUUCGCUUCCAGAGUUCAGGGGAGCUUCCGGUCUCGGAGAGCCAUUUGGCCCCAACCUCUGCAGCUAACAUUCCUACACCGACCGCUGCGGCACGCUCCGAGAGGGAGAAGGCCUUGGGCAGCACUCCUAGUCAAUGGAAGAAAUACAUGGGUCGUCAGGUCGAAUGCGUGGUCUGUCUGGAGGAAUAUGAGAACGGAGUCAGCCAGGUUAUGAGCUUGCCCUGCGGCCAUGAGUUCCAUGCGGACUGCAUCACACCGUGGCUGACGACACGCCGUCGAACAUGCCCCAUCUGCAAAGGGGACGUUGUGCGAUCUCUUGCUCGGGGCUCGUCCUCAGGGCCGACGUACGAGCCGUAUCACGACGAGAGCGAUGACGAGGAUGCUGCUCAGGCAUCGAGCUCGGGGGGGCGCGACGAAGAUGUUGAACAGGGCAUUCUGUCGCCGAGCCCAGGCAGACGAGAAAGCCGUGCCGAGGCCUGGCUCAACAGGCUAUCUGCCAGUUUCGGGGCCACAAUUCGCUCUGGUGAUCCUUUGCAUGAGGACAGGAGUCGGUAA